AUGACGAACAAACCGUUGGAUUCACUACCUCCUACUGAAACCCUAGAGAUAGAGAAUGGAUUGUCGCUGGUGCCACGCGUUAGGCUCAAUCUCACAGUGUACUCGUCGAGCCAAGUUGUGACCAAACCCAUCGAUGAGUGGAAGAUGAAGCAGACGCUCAUAGACUUCCUAAAGAACUCGCUUUCUGUCCCCAUCACCGUCCCUGAAGAUGACCUCCAGAUCAGACGGCUCAAGGACCUCAAGAAGCGUAAGCGCGACGACCCUGUAGCUUUCGGUACCUUGUUCAUUCGCGACCUGGGGUUUCUGAACACGACCAGUAAGAGAAACGAUGGUGAGGAAGAAGAAAAGGACGUAAAGGAGUUGGAGAAGAAGUUCCUGGACUGGAGAAAGUACAUUGUUGAGAAAAUGGAUGGGAUUGAGCUCAAUAUCGAAGGGGUCAAGUACAAGCUAAACGUCGAAGUUCCGGAGUCUGAUAAUUUUGAGGCCAUGAAGAAAGCUUGGGAGGAGUUUUACGCUUUUGGAAGUCGGGGGCUUUCGACGAGAGGGAGGCAAGAGCCUGAUACCAUAAUACUGAGGGGUGCUCCGUCACGCUGGUUUGCAGAGCCCCGGGUUUCUUCGAAGCCUUCAAUGCUGGUUACCCAUACCAUCUUUUCUACAUUUGGGAAGAUAAGGAAUCUUAAUGUUGCUGAGGACGAUGGUCUAGGUAAGGACGCGAACGAAGAUGGUGGGGACUUAAUUUCAGGUCUCCAUUGUAAGAUUGUGGUUCAGUUCGAGAAAUACCAGGACUUCUACAAUACUUUCAAGGUGUUAUGUGGCCGCUCAUUCCAGAAGCAAGGAUCUCAAUUGAGGGCUGAUUAUGAGGUUACGUGGGACAAGGAUGGAUUUUUCCGAUUCUCAAGAAAUCAACCGCAUGAAAAUAGUAGCAGGAUACGGGAAAUAGUAACAACACAGCACAGAAGUGAAGCUCCAAGGCAUCGGCAACACAUCUCUCAAUUCAGUUCCAACCAAGCUCCUCGCAAGAGGUUUAAGGUUAGAAACUAA